GGCGGGCGCCGGCGGAGGGAGGGGGCGCGGCGGCUUUGGAGUCCCGGCGCUCCCUCAGGCCGCGGACGCGAUGCUGUCUGCAGCGGGUCGGGCUGUGGGGCAGCCGGGGAUGUGACGGGCGGCGCCCUCGCCUCACCUUCAGUCCUCCGGCCCGCAGGUCUGUGGGUGACCCGCUGCCGGGCCGCGGCCGAGGAGGAACCGCGACCUCCUCCCGAGUAUCCUGUGGUUUCCUUCCUCUUGGCAUCUGACUGCUUGCUACAGGCGCUGAUUCUGGGAUUCUGUCCAGUUUUAAGAACAAAUGUACCCUAUAGCUCAUGGAAGAAAAAACACAAAUCAAGACAUUUUUGGGUUCCAAGUUGCCAAAGUAUGGAACAAAAUCUGUAAGAAGUACAUUGCAACCAAUGCCAAAUGGGACACCUGUUAAUUUAUUAGGAACUUCCAAGAAUAGUAAUGUUAAAAGUUACAUCAAAAAUAAUGGCUCUGAUUGUCCAUCAUCCCAUUCAUUUAAUUGGAGAAAAACAAAUAAAUACCAACUUAGUGCACAAGGUGCUGAAGAGCCCAGCAAUACUCAGAAUUCACAUGGUAAACAUGCUUCUACUCAAGGAAUGUUUGAUAAAAAUGGGAUAAAGGGAGGUUUGAAAAGUGUUUCUUUACUCACAUCAAAGUUAGCAAAGCCAUCCACUAUGUUUGUGUCAUCAACAGAGGAGUUAAACCAAAAGUCUUUUUCUGGACCAUCUAAUUUGGGUAAAUUCACCAAAGGCACGUUAUUAGGAAGGACUUCAUAUUCUUCAGUCAGUGCUUCAAAAUCGCAAUUGAAUGGAUUUUAUGGAAACCGAUCAGUUGGUGGUGGCAUGCAAAGGCCCAGAGCAAACUCCAGUGCCACCAGAAGCAGUUCUGGAGAAAGCUUAGCACAAUCCCCAGACAAUAUUAAAUCUAUUAGUUGUGAAAAAAUGGUAAGGUCACAAAGUUUUUCACAUUCCAUUCAGAAUUCAUUCCUUCCACCUUCAUCUAUAACCAGAUCACAUUCCUUCAAUAGAGCUGUAGAACUAACAAAGCCUUAUCAGAACCAACAGCUAUCCAUUAGAGUGCCUCUACGGUCAAGCAUGCUAACAAGAAAUUCCCGACAGUCAGAAGUACUCAAUGGGAAUGAACAUUUGGGGUAUGGAUUUAAUAGGCCUUAUGCUGCUGGUGGAAAGAAGCUGGCUUUACCAAAUGGCCCAGGUGUAACUUCCACUUUAGGUUACAGAAUGGUUCAUCCUUCUCUCUUGAAAUCUAACCGACCUCCGUUUUCUGGGACUAUCACAGUUGAUGGAAAUAAAAAUUCACCUGCUGAUACACGUAUAGAGGAAGAUGCUACAGUUUUGGCUAAGGACAAAGCUGCUAAUAAGGACCAAGAACUAAUUGAAAAUGAGAAUUUUAGAACAGAAAAUGACCAGACAGUGAAACAUGAUGCUAAAAUUAGGUACCUGAGUGAUGAUGUGGAUGACAUUUCUUUGUCGUCUUUGUCAUCUUCUGAUAAGAAUGAUUUAAGUGAAGACUUUAGUGAUGAUUUUAUAGAUAUAGAAGACUCCAACAGAACAAGAAUAACUCCAGAAGAAAUUUCUCUCAAAGAAGAAAAACAUGAAAAUGUACCACCACAGGAUCUAUUUGAUGUUUCCAAGGAAAAUGAAAAAUCCUUCAGUAAAACCAAUGAAUGGAUUGAUAUAAGUGUCUCUGACAGGAACGAAUGUACAAAACAUCCUUCUGGGAAUAACUUAAUUUCACCAGAUACAGACUACAGAGCUGGUUCUUCACUUGAACUCUCUCCCUCUGAUAGUUCUGAUGGAACAUACAUGUGGGAUGAAGAGGGCUUGGAACCUAUUGGAAAUGUCCAUCCGGUUGGGAGCUAUGAGUCUUCUGAAAUGAACAGCAUAGAUAUUCUGAAUAAUCUUGAAUCAUGUGACCUUGAAGAUGAUGACCUUAUGCUUGAUGUGGAUCUGCCUGAGGAUACACCUCUUGAAGAUGUGGAGUGUGACAAUAUGAACCGCUUUGACCGACCAGACAGAAAUGUUCGGCAGUCUCAGGAAGGAUUUUGGAAAAGGCCACCCCAGAGGUGGAGUGGACAGGAACAUUACCACCUCAGCCAUCCUGAUCACUAUCAUCACCGUGGAAAAAGUGACUUGAGCAGAGGCUCUCCAUAUAGAGAAUCUCCCAUGGGUCAUUUUGAAAGCUAUGGAGGGACCCCCUUUUUCCAAGCUCAGAAGAUGUUUGUAGAUGUACCAGAAAAUACAGUGAUACUGGAUGAGAUGACCCUCCGGCACAUGGUCCAGGAUUGCACUGCUGUAAAAACUCAGUUACUCAAACUGAAACGUCUCUUGCAUCAACAUGAUGGAAGUGGUUCAUUGCAUGAUGUUCAACUAUCAUUGCCAUCCAGUCCGGAACCAGAAGAUGAUGAUCAAAUAUAUAAGAAUGAAGAUUUAUUAAGUGAAAUAAAACAACUUAAAGAAGAAAUAAAGAGAAAAGAUGAAAGGAUUCAACUAUUAGAACAUCAGCUUGCAACUCAGUAUAACAACCACCAAAAAUCUAAAGAGGAAAAAUGCACACAUGCUGAUAAAUAUACCCAAACAUCCUGGAGAAGAAUUCCUCCUCAAGUACUACAGCCUUCCAGCAGCCUUCCCAGACCCACAGACUAUGCCCAGGGAAAACUAAUAAAGCCGCAACCUAUCGAGGCCCACAGUGAAUGCACAACCCAGGGCGUGCGUCAGGGCAUUGCUCUUCUGGACGAAAGCUUUACACAUGGCUUGCAAGAAGAAAGCAACUAUGAUUUAGAAGACCAGCCAUUUUCGUUAAGCCCAAAAUUCACUAUGGAUGUGGCUAAAAGUACAUGUUCUGAAGGAAACUUGAACAUGACUGUGGGUGCUCAAGAGCCUUAUCAUUUGGCAAAUAAUCAAAUAAAUGACAUGCAGUUUGUACCUACUCCCCUUCAGACACCUUCCCAGUCAAAUACAGUGGACCAGGUUAAGAGAGUUGGAAGAAAUCAGUCUCUGCCAGUGGGCUAUUCGUCUCAGCCCAAGUCCUUGCAGCUUUUAAAGCCAUCCAUCUUGAAUUCUUUGGUACCUCCUCCAGUUUCUGAAUCAUCUCCAAGUAGGACUCCCACUUGUAAGAAGUCACCAAUAGUCACAACAUGUAAUUCGACAAAACUUCAGCCAACAUCUAGUCAAACAAAUCUUGCAAAUAAUACGAAUCUGAAAGCAUCGAAGCUCCGUCCUCCUUCAGGCUCUUUCAAACAAAAACAAAUAAGCAGCCCCCAACUCGAGCCUCAAAGCUUCCAGGCUAAGACAAGUAUCCCAAGGCCACUAACACAACGAAAAGAAAUCAUGCAGAGUUCAAAUGGCAGUUUGCAUUCUGGGGACUGUUUGGCCUCUAAUCGAUAUUCUCGUCUUCCUAAACCAAAGAUACAUUAAGUAUGUAGCCAUCACCUGCCAAUUGGUUUUUAAAAAACUAUUCUGUAAUAGCUUUAUGUGCAGUUUGCUACAAAGGUGGAGGUUCCGUGAAAAGCCUGCAAAUCUUAAAAUUAAAAUGUGGAAGCUUCCUCUAGUUUGGCUCUUCCAUUUUAUAUCCUGGUUGAAGUACAUGCCAUUUGAACAUACUUGUCUCAGGUAAACAUAAAAGUUUGCUGACCCAUUAAAGAGGCCUGCCACAGGCCCUAAUCAUGUCAUCCAUCUGUCUGCACAUUAGAAAAUGCAUAAUAUUCUACUUAGCAGGCAUGAAAUGUGCUUUGCUGGUUUAGUCCUGUUAAGGUCUGUGUUUAUUGUGGUUGUUAGAACUUCACCUCUUUUCACUGUCCCUCCUGUGAAUAUGGCUACUAUUUUAAAGAUGCAGUGACAAUGGAAGAUGAUGAUCUGGUAAGCAGAGUUCUGGCCAGUGUUUGUGUAUUUAAAAGGUCUAUGCAAAAGCUUUGUGAUGAAUAAAGGAGAUUAGGUUUUUAAUGGAAAGUCUAUAUAAGUUUUAUUUUUUCUUGCUAGAAUCAGCAAGCUCCUGUCACUAUUCAUUUCUCAGACAGUUCUCCAAGCUAAAAAUAUUUCUUAUUAUAUAUAAGCCAAUUAUAUAUUGCUUUAACAUCUUGUUUUACACACACAAAAACCCACUUCAUUUGUGCUUAUAUUUGUUACUAGGUAAAUUUUGGGAAGCUUGAGAUACAUCUUGAAACCUGUACCUAAAGAUGUAUCCACUUGUAACAUAUACUGGUGCUUGAGUUUUGUUGGUAAUUCAGUUUCGAACUCUGUAGGUGUAUGGGUCCAUUAUAGCCAUUUUAAGGUUCCAUGGCAUUUAUUUUAUAUUGUCUUUAAUCAUAAUAUUUAUAUUUGUUGACUUUCUGCUAAUAUCAGAAGACAAAUAAUAGACUUGAAACAUUUGCACAAAACUUUCAUGGGAUAUAACAUCCUAUAUCUAGGAAUUUAAAACUAUUUUCUAUAGCAAAACAAGUUAAAAUAUUUCGAGAAAAAUUAAGAAUUUAAGAUUAUCUUGAAAAAGCUGGAAUUCAUAGUAGUUUUGUUUUUUGUUUUUUUAAUUCUGAGUGUCCUAGGUUUCCCUUUUUUGUUGAUAUAUAUUUGAAUGACAAUUUCUUGAGAAAGUAGAUUUUGGAAGGAAAAGAGAAUUAAAGAUGGGAAAUUAUGUUUUAUGAAAAGGUACUGAAAGGCAAUAUACUUAUUUAUUUUAAUGUGCUAUAGAAGGUAGCUGUGGUACCUCCAAGCAACCACGUGCAGGAACUUAAUCAUGCUUUGGGACCAUGUGUCAGAUGGUUCAGUAAAUUUGCUUUCCUUUUCUCUCAGAUCAUGACAUCUUUAGGUUGUGAAAAUGUAGCUGCUUUAAUUGAAUGAGUAUCUUUCAGAAAGAUGACCUUGUAAGAUCAAUGUUUAUUUUAAGCAGCUAACCAAAAAUAUAUCAAAAGGGAUUAUGGCCAAAAAUUCAUUCAAAUUUCUAGUGAUUCCUUAAUAAAGAAGCAACAGCAAAUCCUUCAGUUUCAAAAGUGCUUUCUACCAUUUUGAUAUGCUCUUCCCUUACCUGUCAGAGAACCAUUCAAGUGAAUUUGCCAUUCAAUGGAAACAAACCAUUCUUGAGCAACACAAAUUUAGUAUUACACCCUUAUGAGCCAGCACUUCCUCUGGCGAAGCGGGGAACUUUAGAAAGUUCUUCACAUAGACCAGCUACUGGUGGUGUAGUCAUCAGACAUAUUGGCAAUCACUUCUUUCCUCGUGCAGAUGAGCCAUCAUGGCUGCAGCUACAAGUGGGCACAUCUGGUCUUUCAUGUUGAAGGAGAAAAAACCUUGACCUCAUAUAUUGCAAAUUGGAUGUUAUCAUAUUUCCCUAAAGUAAAGCAUAAUAAUGACUUAGGAGGUUUUUGGUUUAUUUAGAAGUUGAUACAGAUGCUUAUGAAACAUUAUUUAUAAGUUGGCCGUAUUCUUAAGGGAAAAGUUAAAAAUUUUUAAUUUAUUUUUAUGUUCCUAGUCUGAGGGAAAUAUCUUUAUUUAGUACAUAAAAAUGUUGGCUCAAAUAAUUUAUUUUUUUUGCUCUAUUUUUUUCUCCCUGAUGAAAUGUUAACUUGUUAGUUCAAUUUCUCUGUACCUUAGUUGAGUCUUAAUCUUGGCAGAAGGUCGGCUCAUCAAUAUAAUUAUGAAGCAUAAUAUAUUUAAGAGGAAAAAAAUCUAGGAUGCUUGCCUACAGUUUUCUUUAAAAACUGCAAGAAUAUCAUGCUUAUCUGCUCCUUAGUAAAUGUUAAGUCAGAAUUGGAUGCAAAGACGUAGCUCUAUUGAAUAAUCAGAGAUCAACUUUUCACAUUUGGCUUGAUCUCUGUUUAUUGCUUCUGUAAAUCAGCCCUGUGCCAAGUCCUCCUCCACAGGGACUCAGACCAGUUCUUCUCUUAGUUCUUGUGAAAUCAGUGAAGGCAGUUGCAGUAUGUAAAUUCUAAGUCCUGAGGAAGAGGUUUUAUGGGAUUGGUUAAGUUUCACAUUUGUGAAAGAAGAAAUUAGAGUAUGCAGAAUUAGGUAUUUGACUGUUAAUGGGAUGCAUAUCAAAUUUUUAAAAGAAAGCCUAACCUAUGCCGUUUAUCUGUACAGGUGCAGAUGAUUUCAGCAUUAAAGGAUUAUAGGAUUAUGUCACUUAGAAUGCUUCUAAUAACUGAGACCAUCUACCAUUUUUCUUUUAGAGUCUCACUUUCAUUUGUGCAAUAUUUUCAGGCAUAUAGGCUACUGUUCAUUCUAUUUAUAUAGAUAUUAGGGAACUAAGUAUUUUAACAAGUAAAAAUCUGAGUAUGAAAGAUCAUCAGAUUUGCACUUUAAAUGAGCUUAAUUGCUUGGAGUUGUGCCUGAAAUAUCGACAUGCCACCUAUUAGGUAUGGCUUUGUUUGUUGAAAUGAAUUACUCUAUAAUUGUUGCUGUUUGAAAAUAUCAGUACAGCCUUUCACAGAAUUAUAUUCCCAGCAUGUCACUUUUCCCAUUAAAGCACUAAGUUUUCUUUAAAUGUUCCAUUGUCCCCUUAAAUUCAUUUUUCUCAAUGCAUCAGAAAGAACGUGAUCCCCCUGUAGCUGUCAAUUCCAAAUAUUCCUAUAGAGUAGAUGGUGUUACAGACGCAGAGGUACACACUUGAGUUUCUGAGCAGAGUUUUCAUCCUGGCUUCCUGGUCUCUAGGGCACUGGAGAUGUCCUUUAGAAUCACCAAACAGGCUUCAACUGAAGAUCAAUAUGACUGCAGCACCAUUUCAGUUUACUUUCCAUCUUACACAGUAGUUUUCGUGUUGCUAAAUUAGUUGGAGUGGUUAUGUUUGCAUGUUUAUGCAAUAAUUUGAAAAUUAAUUUUAGCUGUAAUACAAAUACCUGAUGUUUUUACUUGGGGAUGAUGGCAUUGCUAUUUUUCUUAAUUCUAAUGCUUGAAUUCUAUUUCUAAUGAUUUUUCCACAUCUCCCUUUAAGUUUUCUGCUGCAGCAAUUUGAAAGAAUACUUGCAUAAAUGAUUUGUGAUGGUGCCCAUCUACAGCUAUGUCAUUCAUUGAAGAUAUGUUUUAAUCUUGUUGGAGAAAAGCUACCCACUUUCUCCUUGGUAAAGCAUUUCCCUAACAAAAUAAUACUGACCUUAAGAAUUUAAAGUCUCUAAGUCAUUACUAACAAUGAAGAAAAAUAAUAUCUGCAGUAUUGUUUUCCCAUUGUUUUUAAAAACCAGUUCAGAGUACAUACUGUAUAUUAGAAUUUGCCUGUAAAAUGAAUUAUAAAAACCAUAUGUAAAGUCUCUCCUGAAAAUGUUGGCAUAGUAAAUAAAAAUAAAGUUCAUAAUUAUAAAA